GUCUCAACUCCUGGGCCCCAGCCUCGGGCGGUCACCGAGCGUCCAGCUAUGAGGACUCUUCUCGUCUGGGUCCUGUCUGUGUCCCACUCUCUCUGUCAAGCAGCCCAGACUCGCUUCCGUCGAGAGCCAGAAGACCAGACGGUGGUUGCCGGGCAGCGGGUGGAACUUCCCUGUGUGCUGCUCAACUACUCUGGCAUUGUGCAGUGGACCAAGGAUGGCCUGGCUCUGGGCAUGGGGCAGGGACUCAAGGCCUGGCCCCGCUACCGGAUCGUGGGCCCGGCGGAGGCCGGCCAGUACAACCUGGAGAUCGAGGACGCCGACCUGUCGGACGACGCCAUCUACGAAUGCCAGGCCACCGAGGCCGCUCUGAGGUCCCGCAGCGCCAAGCUCACCGUCCUCAUCCCCCCCGAGGACCCCGAGAUCGAGGGGGGUCCGGUGCUCCUGCUGAGAGCCGGCACCCCUUUCAACCUGACCUGCCGAGCCCCCAGCGCCAAGCCGGCCGCCACCAUCGACUGGCUCCGCGACGGCACCCUGCAGGAGGACGGGGUGGCCAGUACGGAGUUCCUGCCUGACGGCAAGCGGGAGACCACAGUGAGCCACCUCCUCAUCCAUCCCACCGACCUGGACAUCGGACGGGUCUACACCUGCCGAAGCACCAACACGGCCGUGCCCGCCGGCAAGGAGGUCUCCAUUCAGCUCAACGUGCACCAUCCGCCCACCGUCACCCUGUCCAUCCAACCCCAGACCGUGCAGGAGGGAGAGAGAGUCCUCUUCACCUGCCAGGCCAAAGCCAACCCUGAGAUCAAGGGGUACAGGUGGGCCAAGGGGGGGCUGCCGAUCGAGGAAGCGCGGGACAGCCACUAUGAGACCCACGUGGACUACUCCUUUUUCACCGAACCCGUGUCCUGCGAAGUCCACAACGACGUGGGCAGUACCAACGUCAGCACCCUGGUGGAUGUGCACUUCGCCCCCCGGAUCGUGGUGGACCCCAAGCCCACGACCACGGACAUCGGCUCGGACGUGACCCUGACGUGCGUUUGGGCCGGAAACCCACCCCUCACCCUGACUUGGACCAAGAAAGACUCCAACAUGGUCCUCAGUAAUGGCAACCAGCUGCACCUGAAGGCCGUGAGCCAGACGGACGCGGGCGUCUACACCUGCCGAGCCAUCGUCCCCCGCAUCGGCGUGGCCGAGAGGGAGGUGCCUCUCUUCGUCAAUGGCCCUCCCAUCAUCUCCAGCGAGGCCGUCCAGUUCGCCGUGAGGGGCGACGGGGGGAAGGUGAAUUGUUUCAUCAGUAGCACGCCGCCGCCUGACCGCAUUGCUUGGGCGUGGAAGGAGAACUUCCUGGAGACGGGCACGCUGGAGCGCUACACGGUGGAGCGGACCAACCUGGGCAGCGGGGUCCUGUCCACCCUGACCAUCCACAACGUGGCCGAGGUGGACUUCCAGACUCACUAUAACUGCACCGCCUGGAAUAGCUUCGGGCCUGGCACCGCCAUCAUCCAGCUGCAGGAGAGAGAGGUGCUGCCCGUGGGGGUCAUCGCCGGGGCCACCAUCGGGGCCGGGAUCCUGCUCAUCUUCUUCUUCGUCACCUUCGUCUUCUUCCUCUACCGGCGCCGGAAAGGCAGCCGCAAGGACGUGACGCUGAGGAAACUGGACAUCAAGGUGGAGACGGUGAACAGGGAGCCGCUGCCCCUGCACGCCGACCGCGAGGAGGACACGGCCAGCGUCUCCACGGCCACCCGCGUCAUGAAGGCCAUUUACUCGUCAUUUAAGGACGAUGUGGACCUGAAGCAGGACCUGCGCUGUGACUCCAUGGACCCCCGGGAGGAGUACGAGAUGAAGGACCCCACCAACGGCUACUACAACGUGCGGGCGCACGAAGACCGCCCGGCGUCCCGCUCGGUCCUGUACCCCGACUACCGGACGGCCGGUCCGGCCCGCUACGACCCGCGGCCCUCCUCCCGCCUGUCCCACGCCAGCGGCUACGCCCAGCUCAGCUCCUACGGCCGCGGGCCGGCCACCGAAUACGGCCCCGAGCAGGCCCCGCCGGGGCCCGCGCCGCCGGCCCCGGUGGCCCCGGGGGACACGGCCAGCCAGCUGUCCUACGAGAACUACGAGAAGUUCGCCCCCCACGCCUUCCCCGCCGCCCCCGGCUACCCGGCCUACCGGCUGGGCUACCCGCAGCCCACGGGCCUGGAGCGGGCCCCCUACGAACCCUACGACCCCCUGGGCAAGUACUCGACGGCCACACGGUUCUCGUACACGUCGCAGCAUUCGGACUACGGCCAGCGUUUCCAGCAGCAGAGGAUGCAGACUCACGUGUGAGGGAGGGGUCCCCCGGCCCCCCUGCCCUCCAUCUCUGCAGGGCGGAAGAUGGG